AGGCUUCAGCCAUCAGCUUCAACUUCAAGUGAAAGAGAAACACAUACCAGAGAGAGAGAGAGAGGGAGGGAGCGCUGCUCCUGCUUCCUGUUGCUGCGUCCUGCUCCUGUCGUCCUGUCCUGUCAAAGGAAAUCAAAAACAAAACGGGCUCCUGUUCUUGCUUUGUUCCCUCCAUGUAAUCUCGCAUGGUUUUCAUCCCACUCUCCAAGCGACAAAAAGCAAAUAAUACAAAAUCUAUUCACUUUUGUUUUAACUUUUAUCGCAUUUGAUCUGUAAAAGACCUCAAGCUCUGUUUCAGAUCUCUCUGUCUCUCUGAGCUUUGUUUCUGCAAAAAUGGCGGUUGGUUCGUGCGAAUGGUUUCCUUAAGAAAUCGAACGGCGCGGGGACUGACGUGGUAGGGCAAGUGUAAACUCGGCAGAGAUCGGAAGGCAGAGAUAGAUUUGAUUGUUAAGACAACGCGAAAUGCCGUUUCGUUCCCUGCAAGUUUCUAUGUUGCUGUUUACAGUUUUGAAGCUAGAUUUAAGAUCUGUUGCUCUUGUUUUGGCGUUUUACGAAAUUUGAGGGUUUUCCGUUUCGGGUGGAGGCGGUUUUGUUCGGAGGAGUGGAUGAGAAGCUAGGUUUUAGGUGGGAGGUUUCUCUCUUUUACUCGUUUCUUUCGCUGAGGCUCGUUUUUGGAACUUUGGUUAUGAAUCGCAGCUUUCGGGCUCAGGAAUCGCAAAUGCAGGCGUCCGUACAGCAGAGACAACACGGGAGGAGUCUCGGGACUGUGAUGAAGGAGAAGGAUGAGGAGCUCGCUUUAUUUCUCGAGAUGCGGAAGCGCGAGAAGGAACGGAACAAUCUUCUUCUGCUUCAGAACACCGAAGAAUUUGACGCUCCUCUAGGAUCUAAGACUGGCAGUUCUCCCAUAUUCAAGAUUGUGUCAUCUACACCUGCCCGAAAGACUGGUGCUGAUGAUUUCCUGAAUUCGGACAACGAUAAAAAUGAUUAUGAUUGGCUUCUUACUCCACCUGGUACUCCUCUUUUCCCAUCAUUGGAGAUGGACUCUCAGAAAACCAUUAUGAGUCAGAUGACUCAGAUUGGAACUCCCAAAGCUCGGCCAACUUCACUAAAGUCUAGGCUGGCAAAUCCACAAAUAGAACCUGCUCCAAGGAGCAAUUUAACAUCUAGGUCAUCAACAUUGUCCCCUGGGUUGAACUCUUCCAUCACAGGCACUCGCAGGCCCUCAUCAUCAGGAGGACCAGGUUCAAUUGCAUCUAGGCCUGCAACACCAACUGGACGACCAACAUUAUCCACUAAAACAAAACCCUCUAGACCUUCCACACCUACUUCACGGGCCACAUUGCCUGCUUCCAAGCCUGCAGCUCCAGCAGCUCCUGCAAGAUCGUCAACUCCUUCACGAGCUACUGCUAGGUCUUCAACUCCAACAUCCAGAUCCUCAAUUCCAGCACCCAAGACUACAUCAAGAUCAGCAACACCAACACGUCGACCAUCAACUCCAUCAAGUGUACCUACUGUCUCUGCUCCUCCUGGCCGGUCUUCUUCAGUGACCAAGUCAGGCCCAACAACAGUACGAAAUCCGGUGCCAUCACGUGGCAGUUCACCAACAGUAAAAUCCAGACCUUGGAAGCCAUCUGAGAUGCCUGGUUUCUCACUUGAUGCUCCUCCAAAUUUAAGGACAUCAAUGCCGGAAAGGCCACUUUCAGCCUCUAGGGGUAGGCCUGGAGCACCCAGUUCUCGAUCCUCUUCUGUUGAGCCUGGUUCUCAUGGAAGACCUAGACGGCAAUCAUGCUCUCCUUCAAGAGGGCGGGCUCCUAAUGGUAGCAUCCAUAGCAGUGGGAGCUCUGUUCCUGCAAUGAGUCGAUCACAUUCCAAUGGUGGUGAUAAUAUCAGCCCUGUUCUUAUUGGAACUAAGAUGGUUGAAAGGGUAAUAAACAUGCGAAAACUGGCACCCCCAAGGCAAGAUGACCGGUCUACACAUAAUUUGGGAGGGAAGUCCACAUCAUCCCCAGAUAGCUCGGGCUUUGGAAGAACACUUUCAAAGAAAUCAUUGGAUAUGGCUCUGAGGCAUAUGGAUAUACGGAGAAGCAUUCCAGGUAGUUUACGCCCGUUGAUGACAAAUAUCCCAGCUUCCUCUAUGUAUAGUGUGAGAUCAGGGCCAGCAAGGGCAGUUAGUGUUUCGGACUCGCCUCUAGCCACAAGCAGUAAUGCCAGUUCCGAGCAGAGUGUCAAUAACAAUGCCCUCUGUUUGGAUGGGAGUGACAUAGGAGAUGAUGAUCUUGGCAGUGAGAGAGGUCGAUCCUCUCCUGCCAGUCAACGUGGCAGGUGAUCUUAAAGGGUUUUCUAUGCUCAGAUCCAAAUUGAUUUUGUGCACUCUUUGAAGGUAUUUCAACAAUUCAACCAUUGCUUUGGAAACUCAACCAGCUGGUGAUUAGCAAGGCAGAUUGCAUGGCGACCUGUAAGAGAUGCAUCUAAUUCUAAGGUUUCUGUAAAAGUGUAAAGUGUAUCAGAUGGGUUUGGCAACUAAGCUAUCUUCAAGGCCAUUUGUACUGUUACUAAAACCAGUUAGACAUCUGCCAAACCUUCCGAGUUAAAGAAUCUAUACUAUUGGGGUAUGGUGAAUCCAUACAGACUCCAAACCUUGUUCUGGAAAUUAAAGUGUCAAGUAUUCUACUACUUUUAUGUACUAAAAGAAAGGAACUAGUUUGCAUUAUUGGUCUACAAUUUUUUUUUUAAGCUCUAACUGCUGCUGAAGGAAGCCCUGCCGGGAGCUUUCACAUCUGAUCUGCGAUGAUAGUCUUUUGGAACUGUGGAACUCCUUUGCCAAGUUUCAAGUAAAAACAAGGGUAAAUUGCAUAUUAGUACA